AUGCAAGACAGGCAGGAAUCGAGGGUGGAAUUGCUCUCAGAAACACAAAAAGCACCGGGUCGAUUUUCCUGGAGCUCCAUCACUCUCGAUACAUGGAUUCUUGAAACAGUAUCACUGGUAUUCAGUAUCGCUUGCCUUAUGUCCAUUUACGGUAUCCUUUUCGCAUAUAAAGGCAAACCGAGGCCAGAAUUCUCUUACAAUAUCUCCUUGAACGCCAUCGUUUCUGUGCUGGCAACUGCUUGCAAGUCUUCAUUGAUAUUCGUGGUGGGAGCGGGGCUCAGUCAGUUGAAAUGGGUGUGGUUUCAAAACCGUCGAAAGUUAUCUUCCAUUCAAGCCUUCGAGGAUGCCAGCCGUGGACCAAUGGGCUCGAUUUGGCUAUUAUUUCGACACAAGGGCCGGUCAAUAGCCUCGCUCGGUGCUAUGAUCCUGAUAUUGAUGUUGGCGUUUGAACUCUUCGUGCAACAGAUCCUGAACUAUCCCACUGAACUACAAUAUUAUGAUCAUUGGUUGACAACAUAUAACCUAACCAGUGCAUACUAUACGGGAAUAUGGACUAAAGAUUUUAAUCUCGAACCUACCUGUCCAUUAGGUGACUGCACUUGGCUAAGUUAUAAAUCCUUUGGGUUUUGUAGCCAAUGCUCCGAUAUCACAUCUACUGCGACGUUGGACUGUGCUAUGCUGUCUUCCAACCACAAAGCGGCGCAGAAUACUUCAUUGAACGGAACAUAUAAAGUUGUACUUUCUCAGGGCAGACCUUCUGGAACAAUGUUAGAGGCAACAUUUAGAAAUAGAACCUUUAAUUUGAUUAAAUUUAGCCGGGACGUAGUGAUCGAAAAUCCUUUGAUUGUUAUGGCGCAUUCCACAUUGAAUCUUAACAAUACCCGUAUUACAAAUUUAUCGGACCCAACGGAAGGUAUUUUCAUCGCAAAAGUUAUACAAUGUGCCUUUAACUUUUGUGUUAAGGAAUACAAACCUUACAUUACCAACGGUAUAAUCGUUGUUAAAAGAUCAUCGUCUGAUUUUGGUAAGACAGAAAAUUUGACCGGCCCAGAAAUUAAUAGGAAAUCUUCACUCCUUUGUUGGAUAUCUAAUCAGAUAUCGAACGAUAUAGAGCGCCAUUAUAAUAUUUCAUAUCCAAUGGAGUUCGCAUCACCACGGGUGAUAAGCCUAGAAUUCACAUACUGCGAUUUUGGCAACAAGGAAAAAAAUGUCUUCACUGGAUCCAUGUUGACUGGAUUAACUGUCGAUACUUAUUGGCGCACGAAUUCCAGUUGGGAAUCUAAUCAACGAGAUGGGGGGCUAGAUGUUGUCCUUCAAAUUUUGAUUCUAGGGUUAGACGUAAUAGGGUCACUGGUUGCGGACUCGAUGACAAAAACCCUUUUGCAGAACUCGGAUAUCACUAUCCCAGGAUCGAUUUACGCCAACCAAGUGAUGGUCAGGGUUCAAUGGGUAUGGAUGAUUCUUCCAACAUUGUUGGUCAUAUUAGGGAUCGUGUUUCUGGUUUGGACUACAUGUGCCAGCAGAAAGAAGAUCGUUUGGAAGUCGUCUGUACUGGCUUUCCUCUUCCAUGGGUUGGAGGAUCAGAGAGAACGGGAUAACUGUAUGACUGGUAGUGGGAUGGAGAAGCUGGCGGAGGCUAUGCAUGUCCAGUUACAUCCUUCUCAGGACGAUGCACGGGUGAUGCUACGUGAGAAUUAG